AUGACUGUGGAGAAGAGAGCAUGGCAAUCUUUCAUUCCAGUCUGUUGCAAGGUUGAGAGUCCAUCUCCGAAGCACAAGAAACAGAAUAAUUCAUUACAAAGGCUGGUCGCUUUAUGGGAUUUAAGUUCUUCAGAGGAUCUCUCCAAUUCCCUAGCUGGAUCAAACCUUCAUGUGUUUACGUUUGAAGAGCUGAGGAUGAUCACACACUGCUUCUCGUCGAGUAACUUUCUCGGUGAAGGCGGGUUUGGACCGGUUCAUAAGGGUGUCAUUGAUGACAAGCUUAGACCUGGUUUGAAGGCUCAGCCUGUGGCUGUUAAAGUCUUGGAUCUGGAUGGCUUUCAAGGCCACAGGGAGUGGCUGGAUAUUGUUGUGAAGAUGAAUACAGGCUGCUGGUUUUACGAAUACAUGCCACGAGGAUAUUCAGUAUCGCUUCCAUGGUCAGUAAGGAUGAAAAUUGCUCUUGGAGCAGCAAAGGGCCUUGCCUUCCUCCACCAAGCUGACAAGCCUGUUAUAUACCGGGAUUUCAAAGCUUCAAACAUUUUGCUAGACUCUGAUUACAAUGCUAAACUCUCCGAUUUUGGGCUUGCAACGGAUGGUCCAGAAGGCGAUGACACGCAUGUUUCCACAAGAGUAGUUGGCACUGAAGGCUAUACCGCCCCUGAAUACCUCAUGACUGAGAGAACAGAACCUAGCAGUGUGGGCAAAGCCCAACUGAAGAAUCUACGAAAGCUCAACCGGAUAAUUGACCCGAGGCUUGAAGGCCAAUACUGCGAAUCAGGUGCUCAGAAGGCAGCAUCAUUGGCUUAUCAGUGCCUAAGCCACCAGCCAAAGCUUAGACCAACCAUGAGCACUGUGGUAGACACAUUGGAGCCUCUAAAGGACUUCAAUGACAUUUCACUUGGACCAUUUGUGUACACAGUCGGUGAUUUGCAUAAAGAAAAUCCAAAAGUGAAGCUCUGA